UGUUUUGAUAUGGAUAGUGGAAAACAACAAGUAAGGUGGAAUGAUUGUGGAUUUAUACCUAAGUAUAUAACGACAAUACCUGGUAAACGUGUGGCAGUGACUUCACGCAAUGAAGUAUGGUUUUUACGUGUGACUGAAAAGGGGGACCUGUUGUUUGAAAAUAAAAUAAAUGCUAAUGAACGUUGCAAAGCAAUAGCAUCCAGUGGUGACAACUUGAUUGUUUGUUAUUACAAGUAUCCUGGAGUACAAAUUCUGGAUAUGAAAGGAAACGUGAUAAAGGAGUUUGAGAAAGACGAUGACGGUAAGAAACUGUUCAAAUGGCCUGCUUCCCUUGCAGUAAGCCCUGACCACAGCAUCAUAUACAUCGCUGACUGUAUAAAAAAUACGGUGACUUCCCUCACCCAGGAUGGCCGUAUUCUCGGUGUUGUGGAUUUAAAGGAAAAUCUACAUUACGAAUCAAGUAUGACAGUGGACUCUGCAGGUCGAGUUUACGUGUGUGGAAGCGAUAAUGUUUUUCUGGUGUCCCCUGAGACAAGAACCGUCAUCCCGCUACUGGGGAUUAAGGACGGGAUAGGGCAUAGAUGUGUGGCGGUCUGUGAUAAAACACAACGUCUGUACUUGACAUCAUAUAACAACAAUUUUAUUCAAGUGUUCGAAAUGUCAAAACACACUACGGCCAGACAAUAUAAGGUAGUAUGAGACUUAGACGUUGCACGAACUGUUUCUAGUUUAAAAAUACAAAAAAAUAAUCAAUUUAUAAUGAUUGUUGUCCAUUAUGUCAUAUGCAAAACAUCUUAAAACUUUUAUUUGUAACAGUUCAUUUAAUCCAACUUUAAAACAAAACAAUUCGAGUGCGAUGACGUAGAAAAGGAACACCCUGUGAAUAAACAAAACAACUUAUAUAAAAGUGUGUAUAGCUUUGUAUGUGUAUGUCUUUGAAAUCAAAACGAAUGUUGUAUUUGAUAUAUUUGUAUUAUGAACACCAAUGUUGUUCUUUUUAACACUAAUGCAUCUGAAUACCAGGGUAUAGGUCAAAUGUUUGUGUCUGUUUCUACAAUAUAGUGGUUUAUUCAGUUUAAUAAUACUUUUGUGCAUAUCUUAAUGAGAUCCUUCAAAUUCUGCUUUCAUUUUGCUUAUACUUUGUUCCGCUCGACUGUGAAAAAGUCGGGGUAACGUCACAGCUUUGGUAGGGACGUCGAAAUUACCGUCGUCUAUAUGUUUUGACAAUUGCUCAGAAGCCAUUUAAGUAAAGGCUACUUUCACUAGUAUUUUAUAUCAAUUCACAUUUAUGCUCGUUCUUGGUACCACUAUGGGUUCCGGUGCCUCUCCUACCCCCCCCCCCACACACACACCCCCACCCCCACACCCUUAAAUCUUCCAAGUGCAAAUUUUAUUUCAAUAAAUGAGAAAAAAGUAAUUAAAAAUACACCCAUAAUGCACCACUUCGGACAAGAAAUUGUUUAAAUAUUCUUGGGGGUACCCCCCCCCCCCCCCACCAACACUUCAAACCGUAUAAAAUUAUGUUCUGAGGGAGAGGCGAAUGUCAAAAGUGUACACUCCCUCUAACGUUGAAUCCUAAACCACCCGCCCCUGGGUACAUUAGUUUUAAAGUUUUGCUUCUUGGUAAAUGAGAAGCACAGACGAGCGUAAGUAUUCGCUAGCAGGCCCCAAUUUCUCGAAACUUCUUAAGCUUAACAGGCUUAAGUCGCUUAUUUCAAUUAGCCAAAAUAUAUACUUAAAAUCGAUUUUGGUAAAUGAAAAAUAGUUAAUUGUGAUUAUUAUACAAAUAUUUACUUCAUAACGUAUAAAAACUCUCGCAGGAGUAAAUGUUACGCAUAAUAUAGAAAAACAAAAAUAGUGAGAUUAGCUUAAUCCUGUUAUAAGGGACUUAAGAAGUUUCGAGAAAUUGUGGCCAGUUCAUCUUAUGAACAUAAUUCAACAACAUUUCUGUUUAAGGUUAUGUAUGUUAAUGAAUGCAAAUAUGUUACAUAUCCAUUGUGCAUGUAAUGUGCGUCAUAAAUGGAUUUACGCUUUUUGGGAUGAAACUGUAAUAAUGAAAAUAAGCAUCUGUAUAUUGUGAAUGAUCAUUUACUUCUGUAUGAUUGUUAAUGAAAAUUAACUUAACUGUAUGAUAAGUUUUGAGUUUUGGAUGAUAGUAAACUUCUGUUUUAUUUUGAAUGAUAAUGUACUUCUGUAUAUAUUGAAUGAUUAUGUAAUUUUGUAUAAUUCUGAAUGAUUUUGUACUUGAGUAUUAUCUUAACGAUAGUAUACUUCUGUAUAAUUUUAAAUGAUUACGCACUCUAGUAUAGUUUAAAAUUAUUUUGUACUUUUGUAUAUUUUUGAGAUAUAGUAUACUUCUGUAUAAUAUUUUACGAUUACUUUUUUUCUGUAUAAUUUUAAAUGAAAAUGUACUUCUUGACAAUUUUGAACGACAGAAUACUUCUGUAUAAUUUUGAAUGAAAGUAUACUUCUGUAUAAUUUUGAAUGAUAAUGUACUUCUUUAUAUAUUGAAUGAUUAUGUUAUUCUGUAUUUAUAUAUAUAAUUCUGAAUGAUUUUGAACUUGAGUAUUAUUUUAACGAUAAUACACUUCUGUAUAAUUAUAAAUGAUUACAUUUUUCUGUAUAAUGUUGAAUGAUAAUGUACGUCUUGAGGAUUUUGAAUUAUAGUAUACUUCUGUAUAAGUUUAAAUGAUUAAAUACUGAAAACGAAAACAGAUUAAAUACUUAAGAAUACUUCUGAAUGGAUGUGUACUUCAGUAUAUUUUUUUUUAUUUAAUGAUGGUAUAAUUUUGAUAAUUUUGAACAAUAAUUAACUUCUGUAUAAUUAUGAAUGAUAGUUUACUUCUGUAAUAUUUUGAAUGAUAGUAUACUUCUGUAAAAUUUUGAAUGAUUGUAUACUUCUGUAUAAUUUUAAAUGAUAGUUUACUUCUGUAUCAUUUUGAAUGAUAGUUUAUUUCUGUAUAAUUUUGAAUGAUUGUAUACUUCUGUAUAAUUUUGGACGAUAAUUUACUUCUGUGAAAUGUUGAAUGAUAGUUUACUUCUGUUAACUGCUGUUUAAUUUUAAUGAUAAUGCACAUCUGUAUAAUUUGAACGAUAAUAUACUUAUCUUAUUGCUGUAUGAUAAUGUACAUCUGUAUACUGUUGUAUGAUAAUAAAGAUUUACAAUUAAGGAAUGAAUUGCGGGAUUUGAUGUCAUUAUCGGGGUAUGAACUCGAUUGGGCUGGUCUAAGUGUAUGGAGUCCGAAGGACUUCACGCGUACUUUGACCAGCCUAAUUGCGUUCAUAUCCCCGAUAAUGACAUCAACCCCGCAACUCAUUCCUUAUAUUUACACCAAUAGUUCAAUAUUUUAUUCAAGAAACGUUAAAAAAAUACUUCAUUUCAUUUCGGAUUACCUUUCAGUAAUCCUUUCUUACCCAUUCUGUAAAUAGGACGACCCGACUGUUACCGGAAACAUUUUUUUUUCAAAUGACGUCACAUUAAAAAAAAAAUUACGCGGGAAAAGAUCAACCACUUGAAAUCACCUUUAAACGUAAAAUUGAAGCACUUUUGGCAACAAAACGUUUAAAAUAUAAUAACUUAGCAAUUUCUAAAAUGUUAAUUUAUAUUUUAGGAGACCUGCUGACACAAUACAAACAACAACAAGAUCAAUAGUUUUCAUGUAUAUUGUUAUGCGAUGAAUUGCGAUCCGAACAUAUCCGAAGAUGUUGCGUUCAUCGAUUGAUGAACGCAAUUGCCGAAAGACAGUUCUGUAAGGAAUUGAAUUGCGAUCCGAACAUAUCCGAAGAAGUUGCGUUCAUCGAUUGAUGAACGCAAUUGCCGAAAGAUAAUUCAUUUAAGGAAUGGAAGUUGAGGUGUAAAUAUUGUUGUAUGAUAACGUUAUUGUAUACAUAAUUAUGUAUCAUGAUAGCGUACAUCUGUAUUUAAGUGUAUGUAAAGGUAUGCAUGUAUGCUAUGUUUGUAUGAUAAAGUAUGAAGUGUU